CCGAAUACAGUGCGCACAAGCAGGGUUCAGGAUGAGGCACGCCGCCAUGAUCGGCGCUCUCCUUCUGACUUUUUCACUCCAGUGUGACGGGCAACAAGAAGCUAACGCGGACACCGACUACUACGGCGAUUCACCAUACACCACAGAGAGCGGUAUAGAAGCGCUCGCCGCUGGCUUCUUGAACAUCGUCCGAGGAUCUUUCAGUUCUGGUGCUGCCGCUCGACCCACGCCGCCACCGCCAGUGAGAAACGCGUUGUCGCUCAGCAAGCAGCUCAAGCCUUCUGGACCGGUCACUGAUGGGCAGCACGAACUCGAUCUUGCGAACAGCAUCAUCAAGAUAGGGCUCAUGGGCGUCAGCGCGGUGAUCACAAGGAUCAGCGAUCAAGAACGCCAGAUAGCCCUGGAACAGACCAGGCAGGUCUACUGCCGCCGCAUGGAAGCCUGUGAGCACGGACGACAGAUGAUGCUCCGCAUGGGUCGCCCCCAAGCCGAAAAGGCCGUGGACAAGAGCAUGGUAUACUUGGACUCGGCCAUGAUGGGCAUCCGCGGCCACGACUGCCACAACAUGUACCGCGGCUGCCUGGACUUCCAGUGAACUUCGUCACCGUGAAGCCUGAAACUGAACCACUCAGUACAGAGAAAAAUAAAUAAAGAA